AUGGCACACAGGCAGGUCACAAGAUCACCCACAUCACAAAUGAGAGCACGGGACAGUUCAGAGCUGCUGGACAAUCUCAUUCUUCCUCUGCAUCAUGGUGAAACCACACACAGCUUCUCGCACCGGAUCUUCAGAGAUGAGCAGAAAGACCUGACCAACUCAUUACAGGAGCAGCUUGUAGAGAAGGACCUUCACAUCUCCAGACUACAAGAUGCACUAACAUCUGAAAGGGAAAAAUGUGCCAGUCUGCAGUCUCGCUGUCACCAGCAGGGAUCAGAGCUGAAGCGCAGAGAGCAGCACAUCAACCGUGUGAGAGAGAGGCUUUCACAGUUCACCGACAAACAUAAGCACCGCGGCGUGUCCAUGGAGAUAAUAAAUGUGUUGCCGAAGCGGAUGGGACGGAGAGAGCCUGCCUUCAAGACUACAAAGGUUGAUGGGAGUUCUGUCUCCCCCUGCAGGACAGAAGAAGCACUGCGUCUGCUGUUGGACCGAAGAGAGGCCGAGCUCCGAGAAGCCAUGAAACUAUGCCAUGCCCUCACCACACUGCUGCACAUGCUCCAAAAUCAUAUGGCACAGAUGUUACAGGAAAACCCAGAAGUGGAGGAUGAGAUGGAAGACAGUGCGCUGGUCAAAUCAGAGCAAUGUCUUGGUGAUCAUGUGACAGGGGGUGUGGUCCAGGAGUGGACACGCGUGCAGAAAAGACUGAGGGAGCUGAUGUCACAGAGCCCUGUUUCUAAAGGAACAGACCAGGAGAAGCUUCUCGCUCACCUUGAGGAUGAGUUGGAGCAGAGCAGACAGCUGGUCCGACUACAGCAGCAGUUACUACAGGACAGUGUCACUCCACCCCUCCCUGCUGCACUGAUGGACUGCUACUACCUGGAGGAGUGGGAGCGGCUGCAGGACCAAUGGGAGGAACUUAAGAGGCAGAGGCGGAGCUUCCAGCGAGAGAGGCAGGCCUUCACUGAAGCUGCUAUCCGAUUGGGCCAUGAGAGAUGUGAGUUUGAGCAGCAGAAGGCCACCCACCUGAAGUCAGACUUCCUCAGUGUUUCUCCAGUAAAGAGAAACUCUCAGUGGAACAGAAGGGAGAGCACAGCGCUCGGUGACUUGCGUGCAGCAGUUCCUGAUCGGCUCUCUCUGUCUCCAUGCGCUGUGGCCACACAUUCAUCCGAGGGGUCAGAGGUCACACCAUGGUCCCGUCAGAAUAUGAUCAUGUCCCCAAACACCCCUGAGCUCUACUCUGCUCUUAAACUGCCCUAUUACAGGUCUGAGCGUACUUGUCGGUCUGACAGCUGGGAGGAGGGGACAGAGAGAGACCUCAUCACACCUGAUAAAGCCAACUCUGACUGGCCUUUUUAA